AUGUCGACUCCCAUUUGGCGGCACGCGCUCCAAGUCAUGAGCAAACGACCGAUUGUGCUCUGUGGACCGUCUGGUGUUGGGAAGAGCACAUUGAUCAAGCGGCUCUUUAAUGAAUUCCCCGACUCGUUUGGAUUUAGUGUAAGCCAUACGACGCGUCAAAUACGACCCGGCGAAGUGCAAGACAAGUCGUACCAUUUCGUUUCGCGGGCGGAGUUUGAGCAGCGAGUAAAGAAUGGCGAGUUUCUGGAACAUGCCGAAUUUGGCGGCAAUCUGUAUGGUACGACAGCGCAGGCUGUGCGAGAUGUGAAUGGAAAGGGCGAUGGUCGUCGCGCGAUUCUUGACAUCGAUGCGCAAGGCGUGCGUCUUAUCAAAGAGAACCACCCGGAUCUGAAUCCUCUGUUUGUGUUUAUUUCGCCACCGACGUUUGCGACGUUACAGGAACGUCUCGAGGGCCGCGCAACCGAUACGGCCGACGCAAUUGAUCACAGGUUGCGCAUGGCUCUGGAGGAAUUGGCAUUCGCUCGGAUGCCAGGGUCAUUUGAUUGCGUCAUUGUAAACAAGGAUUUGGACAAUGCGUACGCGAAGCUCCGUGCGGUCGUGCACGACGACUUGUCUGGCCCCUUUGACCAAGUACCCCCGGAAGACGACGCGGAGAAGCUUCGCCGUGGUAGCGGGCCUACAGGCCGUGAAGGUAGCUCGUCGUAA